UAUGAAUAAACACGCUCCCACACACACACACACGCACACACACACACAAACAUAUACACACUCACACACACAUACACACACACACACACACGCUGGCGGGGAGCUGUAUUUCCACAUUCCGCUGGGAGGGAGACACACCCUCUGACCCGGAGGAGGAGGCAGUUGUUGGGAUGCAGAGAGGAGAAAGACGCCGCUGAAGUCGCUGUGUGGGAUGUGUGGAUCCUCAGUCUCACAGGCUGCUGACAUAAAGCAACAGGGCUGAAGCACCAGAGGUGAGAAAACACGUCUUCAUCUGGACUGCUUCUCCUCCAUCUCAAACAGCCAAACACUGGACUCCUGAUCCCUAGUGACCUGAGUCACCAUGCCAACUCCCACGAUCCUCUCAGCAACCAGGAGUCCUUAGAGAAGUUGCCAGGUUUACGAGCCCAUUUACAUCUGUGUGAGCCUACAUACUGUAAAGUGGAUCUCGUCCAGUCCUGAACGAGAGAGACCAGGAGGCAGAGAUGAUUUGCCAGCGGGUUGCCCAGCUGAUUUUCAUGUUGCUGGUGAAGACAGGACUUGUGGGUGGAUGUGUAUGUCCGACAGCUACCAUUUUGUCCCAGUUUCCCUCUGAGGUCCCUGCUGACGUCUGUUGCUUGAACUACUCUGGUUCUUCUUUUGGCCGUGUGCUCUGGACUGUGUUUACCAAUGAGACAAACAUAGAGACACUGGAUCUCUCCUUCUGUAACAUCAGUUCUGUUGAAAUGACAGACAAAGAGCCCUCUAAAUUGAAGAAGGUUUACUUAGAUCAUAACAGACUAACAGCUUUGCCAAGGGAGUUUCUGGCCAUGCAACCAGGCCUGACGGAGGUGGAUCUGAGCGGGAACCUGAUUCAGGAGCUUCCUGAGGGUUUUCUUCAGGACUCAGACAACCUCCAGAAGCUGUACCUGCAGGGAAAUCAGUUACACUUUCUGCCAGGCUCUGUCCUACAGAAACCCAUUCUGCAAAGGCUGGAGCUGGAUGGGAACCCCUGGGGCUGCUCCUGUUUGCUGCUGGAAGGACUGGAGGAAGGCAAGAAGCUCAAUAGAACCACAAAACUUCAGGACCUGGUGGGGAACUUGACCUGCGUCUCUCCCAGGCACCUGGCUGGGAGGAAUAUAUUGUCAGUGAGGCUUAUUGACGUGUGCCGCCCAGCUGGCCUCACGGCACUCUUUAUUGUGCUUCCUCUCAUCAUCCUCUCUGCGUUGGUGCUCUGCUGGUGCUGUGGGAGGAAGAGGAAGAAGAAAGAACCACCUAUAAGCACUUCAAAAAAGAAAACUUCCACCUCCAGCUGCAGUGGCCAGAAGCAUCACAAAAAGCAGCAACCUGCAAUGACUGAACAUAAUAAAGCUGGACAGUGUGUCAGUAAGGGGAUCCUGAAGAACCAGCUACUGCUACACCCUGCAUCCACCCUCUUGGGUAGCACCAGGGACAUCUAUGAAGAGGUGGAGAUUAAGCUGGGCUCAGUGGAGUCUAUUCCUCGAGUCUCCUCUCUCUGUUCCAGUUCCACAGAAGGGAGGCUGGGCUCCCAGGAGCCCAACGGGGCCAGUAAGGCCGAGCUGGACACGGUCAGUGUGACAGAAGUGAUGAAAGACUCGGCUGACAGGGAGAAGGCUUACCUGACCCAGUCGACUGAAUAUUACAGCCUGGUGCCAGGUAUCGAACUAGAGGACUCAGACCAUGGCGAGUAUGAGAAUGUCAGCCUCUCGUGACACCGCCUUAAAGGAGUAGUUUGACAUUUUGGGAUAUAUACUUUUGUUUUCUUGACAAGAAUUAGAUGAGAAGAUCUGCAUCAUUCAAAUGUUUGUGUUUUAAAAGCCCUGGGAAAAAAAGCCCUUGAUAAAACCACACCCACACAGAGUUUUUGGCUGAUAAACAUCAAAAUAACCACACAAGGGUGUUUUUUUUUAUGUAUACGUUGAUUGUUGUUUAUUGAGUUACAAAUAUUAAUUGGUAAAGUGAUACUUAAGUUGUGAAACCAGGUUUUCAGGAGUUUUAAAUACACAGGUGGAGUCAGGGGGGCAGUUAGCCUCACUUGGUUCUCGUACCACAUUAUUUCUCUCCUCUCAUCUCACUUUUGUAAAAGAAGUUGUAAAGCACAUUUUCUUAAAUGUUAAAUUAUUCAUUUAAAUGCUGUAAAAAUAUGUGUGUGUGUGUGUGUGUGUGUGUCAUGGAAAAAACAAGUUAUCUUUUGACACAGAGACAGCCUGGUCCAGCCAAUGUGGUAUCACAAUGUAAGAGGAAGUGAUUUAAUCCGGAGCUUUUCCUGUGGGACCUGAGGAACGCAAUGACGGUUUGAAAGGGAGCCCCCCCCCUCCAUUCUCUCUCACUGGAACAUAAUUUUUAAAGACGCAAAGAUAUUUAAUCUAUUUAAUGUUGCGCUCCUCAUAUUGUUUGUAUCUAUUACAAAGGACCAGAUGUACUUUCAAUCAAUGUGCUUAUUUCAGUCAAGCAAGCUUUUGCAUGUACUUUUCUUUACCUCACCCAUGUUUAAUUGUUAAAUGCAUUCCAGUGUGACUUUGACAUAUUAAACUGCAUACAGGAUGUUCUCGAACAGCCUCCUCCACCUCAAGCUGCACGUCCAGAAAUGUAGGUGCUGAACAAUGACUAAUCCCAUUGCAAUGCUUACAGCUAAUUCAGUGUGAAAUGUGGAAUGUAAAGCUUAGAUGUCAAGUCGAAUUUUAUGUCAUUGUUAAGCAAGGAUAAGGACACGGGCUCGCUCGUGCUUCACACUGCAUGCUAAAAUAUGCGCAAAGGUUGGAAAAUGCCAUCAGAUCUAAGUGCUGCUCAAUGCUGGUCUAAGAUAAAAAUCUCUGUAGUGCCGUUUCAGUAAACUGAGAUGCAGAGCGUGCAUCUGGUGCAGUGGUGCUACAGCGUAAUGACACUGGAGAGGACGCUCACACAAAAGACAGCGCUGAACAUUGAGGUCAUCGUUGAGGUGCAGGAUGUAGACACUCGAUUGUUAUCUAAAAUGUGGAAAACAGACAGACGUCUCACUCUCACACUGCUAGCUUUGAGUGCUAAUUGGUUUGUUUUCAGCCAGGGGAACACAGAGUGGGUGCAGCUGAGGGUGUGGAUCUUCCUGGUAUUUAAAAAGCCGAGGUAUAUUUUCCAGACGGGCUUUCACAUAUUUUCCAUCAAAGCUUUGUUUGUUGUCAUUGUAAGGUUUACUGCAAUCAAAAGGCCAAAAGCCCUUCAGAGGACAAACUGACAAAUGAGUGAAUGUUGCAUUUUAUAAAUGUGUACAGUUUCUGCUUACGAAAUAACAUGGAUUUAGAUGUAAACAGGGCUGUUGCUACUCGUCAUUCAUGUCAUGUCUUCUGUAUUAUUUUAGGCUGCUCACAUUAGCUUGAACGUUAGUUACCACAGUGCUGCACUAAAUACUAUGCGGUUAUGAAGUCAUGAAUGGGCUUUUUGUUUACUUAACCUGUAAGCCCACAGUCUGUUGUAGAUGGUUGAUGAUGUCCUCCUUGGUCUUGGCAGUAAUGCUCAGUAUGCUAUUAAGCUAGUUGUAGCCAGACUUGCUAAGCUUCGAAAUUUGGGAAGAUUUGACCCAAAGUAUGCUGUUUCAGGAUAGACUAUAGUAUUGCUCUUGUGUUUUUGGUUUUGGAAAGUCUAGAAAAAGGACACCUCCCUCCAGAUUCUUUUGAUAACAAGUAUCAUUUUUGCUAUAGUGGUAUAUAAGUCCAAAUCCAAAUAUAUUGAGUCUUCUUACACUCAGUAUAUUUAAAUUUGACUAUCUUAGGUCAACACAUCAUAAAUAAAUAAGUUAACUGUUAAUUCUUGGCAGUACAGAAGAUGGUUUAUACAGAAAGUAGGCCUAUGCUUGACAACCAACAGAAUAUAAAAAUAUGAAAAAUAUUUCAGAAAUUUUAAAGACUUCAUAUUUGGUUUUUGGUCAAACGUUUAUGAGCAUGAGGAGGCCUCAGCAUUUCUCGAAUCCUGGCUACAGUUGUGAUUGUAUAAUUUGAAAUGAAAUUAGGCCUUAUGGAGUGUUUGCUGCUGUAACAGCUACUAAAAAGCCUAUAGUUGCAUUAAUCCUCUGUUAGAACAAAAUGGCUAUGAUAUGAUACUUUAAAAAAAAAAAAAGCACUGGUUUUCAUAAUAUGUUUAUCGUGGCAGAUGCACUAUGUUGAAUGUUUUUUGUUGUAUGCAAAACAUUUAAAUAUUGUUAAAAGAAAAAUAAAUGUUUUUUCUAAGA